AUGAUCCCUGACCAUUUACUUUCACUUCCACUUGGCGGGAAUGCCAUCGCGAGGGAUGAGGAGGAGAACAACUCUGCCGCUGUAUGUCUGCUCGAUGGCAAUGGAAAUAUCGACUCCACGGUAGAUCACGAGACGCAAACACCCGUCAUCGUUUUCUUUCGUGUGUGUCUUCUGGUUUGCCACAAGCAGGUUCCUUCGGCAAACCAUGGAAAACGCGAAACCCGAAAACCGAAAACUCGGACCGGAGCCAAUGGACAAAGAGAUGAGUGA